GAAUCUAGGCUCAAAACCUUGAUUCAAACAAUGUCUCAUUCAGCGUGACAAUUCUUCAAUUUCUACACGAAAAUAUCUGACACAUUUCUGGUAAACUUUCCAAAUCCCUUUCGCUACUAGCUGUAAACCCUUUGAGCCUUGUGAACCACUUAACCAAGAGCUUAGCGCAAUAUGAUUCCAAUGCUGUCAGUUAUGACGAUGAAGUCUGGCUUUAUUUACAAACUAGACGCUUCGAAGUAUGUCCAUAUAUUGAGCAUCAAUUUGGAAAAGGGCUUCGAUGCCGAAUUGCAACUUCACUCCCAUGGCAGUAAACGUGUGUUGGCCAAACUCGAUACCAAACACCUCCAAAAAUCCAUUGACAUGUUUGUGUAUGUGCACGAUUCCAUUGCCCUGAAAAGUGAAACAAAUGCCACCGUGGAUGUGUUGGGCUAUAUCGAGGGUUUCUACUACGGAGUGCCCGGAAAAGAGUUCAAACCUCUGGAGACUGUUUUUCAUGAAAUGAAAAUACCAACUCAUGUUAACACAUAAAAAAAACUACUAUGCAUGUAUUAUACAUAUGUAUGUGGAACAAAAUCUGUACAAAAAUAUAAAUCAAAUUAAUCUGGAAAUAUGCCACAAUUGACAUUUAAACCUGGUAACCCUGGUGCUGGUUUUGCAGAAGCGCAAACCAAAUGAAGAAAAUAUUUAGAUCACAGAAUAGUUCCAGUUCCACAUACAUAUCAAUCAUAUCUGUAUUUGCAUCCGAAGCUUCACUCUGUUCACUGUUUUCGUAUGCAAUUAAAUUGAUUUGCGUAUAAAACACAAUAAUGCCUUA